UCACUCCCUACACAACGACUUGCACUGCAAGUGAAAAAGAAAAAAAACAAACAACCUCAAUCUAGCUAGAGUCGUGAAAAAGUUUUGUGCGACUGUUAUUUAGUUAAUUAUAAAAUUUCAAUGAAGUCGUUAAUGAUGAACAAGUUAUUAUUUCUCCAACGGAUUACUGAUUCUCCUUCGACCACCAUUAUCAGUACUUUUAUUGUUACAAUAAUAUCCAUUGUUUUUCUCUACACUGUCUUGUUGAUAAGGACGACUAAGAAUAAGCAGAAGAUAGCAGCACCAAAAGCAUCGGGGGCGUGGCCGUUCAUAGGUCAUCUCAAACUAUUCAUGAAACAAGAUACUCAGUUUUACAGAACUCUAGGAACCAUGUCUGAUAAAUACGGGUCGGUGUUCACACUUCGAUUAGGAAACCAAGCAAUCCUAGUUGUGAGCAACUGGGAGAUGGUAAAAGAAUGUUUCACAACAAACGACAAGUCAUUCUCGAAUCGUCCAAGUACGUUAAGCACUAAAUACAUGCUGAAUGACACUAAUUCUGUCGUGUUUUCACCUUACGGAACGUAUUGGAGAGAAAUGCGGAAGAUAUUGGUGCAAAAACUACUGAUCUCUAACCAAAGAUCAGAGGCAUUGAAAAAUCUGAAAACGAAAGAAAUCGACAACUCGUUUGUAAAGCUUAAUGAUUUAUGCAACAACGAUGUCAGUGGAGGAGGCACAAAAGUUAGGAUGGACGAAUGGUUGGCUGACAUGAUGUUCAACAUUAUUGCUAGGAUUACAUUUGGUUACCAAAGCGGAGGAGGCGAUGCACCUGGCGCUUCUACAACAUCCAAGAAUGUCGAGAGAUACAAGAAAACGUUGGACGAGAUGUUUGUUGUUUUAGCGACGAGGUUUGCAGUUUCAGAUAUAUUUCCAUCUCUGGAGUUUAUAGACCGAUUGAGAGGUCUUGUAAAGGAUAUGAAAAUCUUGGGAGACGAAUUAAACUCCAUUGCUGGAUGUUUUAUUGAAGAACAUCGUCAAAAGAGACGAGAAUCAUUAUCCUCAUUGUUAUCUUUGUCAAAUGAAUCCGUUGGUGAUGAACAAGAUUUCAUUGAUGUUCUCUUGUCAAUAAUGGAUCAGUCACGGCUUCCCGGAGAUGACCCAGAUUUUAUUAUCAAAAUUAUGAUCCUGGAAGCUUUUGCAGGUGGGACGGACAGUUUAAGUGCAACCUUAACUUGGGUCCUCUCUCUACUGCUGAACCACCCAAACGUGUUAAAGAGGGCAAGGGAGGAAAUAGAUAGGCAUGUGGAAAACGGUAAGCAAGUGGAAGUGUCUGAUAUUCCGAAGCUCGGAUACAUUGAUGCAAUAAUCAAAGAGACGAUGAGAUUGUAUCCAGUCGGAGCAUUAAGCGAACGAUACACGACUGAAGAAUGCGAGGUUGGUCGGUUUAACGUACCCGCUGGCACACGCUUACUGGUGAAUAUAUGGAAGAUCCACAGAGACCCAAGUGUGUGGGAGAAUCCAUCAGAUUUUCAACCAGAGAGGUUUUUGUGCAGCGAUAAGGUGGGUGUGGAUUUAUAUGGCCAGAAUUAUGAGCUGAUACCAUUUGGGGCCGGUAGGAGGGUAUGUCCGGCUAUAGUUUCAUCACUGCAGACGAUGCAUUAUGCGUUGGCGCGUCUUAUUCAAGGAUAUGAAAUGAAAUCAGCCAGCCUCGAUGGGAAGGUGAAUAUGGAAGAAAUGAUAGCCAUGUCGUGCCACAAGAUGAGCCCUCUUGAAGUUAUUAUCAGUCCUCGGGAGCCGAGGCGGAGUUAAAUCUUAUGUUCCAAUUUUACAUUAGCAUCUUUGAUUAUGAAAUGUAUUGCUCUUAAGUUUCUUUUUUGUUUUUUAUAUUUUUAAGCUUGUAUGUGAUCAUCAGCGAAAAUGAUGAUGACAGAAUCGUCAAAAGAAUCAAUCGAACAAGCUAUGUUGUAUUAGG